AUGAAGAAACUAUACUUACUAGCAGUCCUCGUUAUCAUUCUUGCAUCAUAAUGCUAGGUCGAAGCAAACUUAAAAGAGAAAUUGGCAAAGAAAAUCAGAGUUAGAGACCCCGUUACUGACUUCAACACCAUGCUCGCUGGUUUCAAGUAUCAAGACAUUGUUGCUUUCUUUAGCAAUUUUUACUGGAGUGCACUUUCACCAGUCUUAGCUGGCUUAAAUAGUGUGAUUGCUCAAGCAAUCUAUGAUUAAGAUCCAGCAGCAAUGACACUUGCAAAUAAGGGAGUCAACUAUUGGUAUGAUAGUUUCAUGAUUCCAAUGAAACUUAGCUACACAACAUUCUUUGGCUAUGAAUCUCAUUCCACAGCUCCAUAUCCUCCUACAAACAUUUGA